AAACUUUUCUAAUAUAUGAAUCUAAUACCAUUGCAUUUGAUACUAUAAAUAAAUCUCGUAAGCUAGUUACUAAAUGUCUCAAUAAAAUAUCAGGUCAAGUAGAACUUACAAAUUAUGAAACCUCUGAUGAAGAAUCAGACACAGAUGACAAUGAACAGAAUAAUAAAAACAAUACAACAGAAUCUUUUAUUAUAUCAUCUUCUGACGAUAAACUAGCUGCUAUAAACAUUCAUAUUGACUAUCAAUUCAGUGGCUUAUCUUUGCACAAUAUUUGUCUCUAUGAUUAUGCUGCUACUGUCAGAAAAACACUGAUUAAUUCAUAUGAACUUUCUAUGCUAUUAAGUCAAUGUACAAGAGAAGGAAAUGCUAUUGUAGACUGUUUUUAUUUUCAAGGUAGUAAUGAUCAUAAUCAAUCAUAUUUAACUAACGAUGUUCACCCUGAAAGUAAAUCUUAUAUACAGAUUCAUUGCAAACAUGAGUCUGAAAGAAUAGUUAUACUUUAUGGCAAAAGAAUACCAAAAAAAGAUGAUUCUGAAAAUAAAGAAUAUUAUGGCCUAUGCAUCCUUAUGUGCUCCGAAGAAACAGUUUUAGACCAAAAAAUUCGACAAAAUGCCAAAUCCAGUCCUAGUCUUGCAAAAGUCUGUCAGAUUGAUUGUUCUGUACCAGGAUAUGAUGCUUAG